UCUCCCCACCCCCUACCCCCAACUCCUCCCAGAUCCUCCAUCCCAUCCAUGCUGGAGAGUGGGCUGGCUUGAUUUCGGGCUAGUCAGAUAUCUUUAAGAGAAUGGGAGCAUAUAGGAUUUGGAGUGGAAAUGUAGGAACUGGUCUCAGGUGGCGAUUAAUCCUUGGAUGUAGGACACAGUGUGUGUGUGUGUGUGUGUGUGUGUGUGUGUGUGCGUUCAGUGCUCAGUGAGAUGAACAUGCUGUUUCCUAAACUGCACGAUAUUCUCGAUGAAAUAGGAAGCACAGUCAGGAAUGAGGAUGAGGAAGGAAGUGAUGGAGGUCUGAUGAAAGUGGUUAUUGGUAAAAGGAAAGACAUUUGAAACCAGGGUGUGAACUCCAUGGGGCCACCACAGCCACAGUUUUGCCUGGCUAGGUUAGUCUCCCUCUGUGUUCCAUAGUUGCGUUUCCUUGGAGACCAGACUCUGCUAGAGGAAGCGGCUGGUUUCUUUGGGAUCCAUUUUGAGAGAAGAGGUGGCAGAAGCCUAACGUCCUGGACCCGGGGGGGAAAUCUGUUCCCCAAUGGCUCAGAAGAAUCGCUCCUCAGGGUCCAAGUUCCAAGUAUUGAUGAGAGAGUCAAAGCCUGGAGCUCAGUGGUCAGAGAGCUUGAAGCUGCCUCCCCUCCAGCAAGCCAAAGGCAACAACAAAAGCACAAUGAAGAGUGGGACCAAAGUUCAAUCAGCAGCGCAGUCCCAGAAUUCUGCAGAGGUGCCAAACCCAGCAAAGGCUAUCCAGGGACUUCGAAGGAGAGAGCAAGUGCACCGUGGGAAGACGCAUAGCAAAGUGCGGCUGAUGAGGUUGAUGCUUCGAAACCAGCGGGCCACGCUCCAGGAGCUCUACAACCACGAGGCCUUCCUCAGCAACCUCAACCAGGAGCUGGUCAACUCCAUCCAGAACAUGGAGGACAGAUUGGCCGGGAACGUGCGCGCCAUGCUGCAGCAGCAGGGCGUCCUCGGGAAUAUCAUUGACGUCUUGGAGUACUCAAACAAGAGGCGGCUGCAGCAGCUGUGGUCUGAGCUCGAGGAGUGGAAAGAGAACGAAGAGCGCAAGACAAACAGCCUGCAGCAGGAGGUAGACCAGCUGAAUGCCGAGGUCCAGAAGGCCCAAGGGGAACUGUCCUACUUGAACACCUACAUGGAUCAUGAGUAUUCCAUCAAGUCGGUUGAGAUCACCAACCACAUGCGCCAGGUGCAGCAGGCGAAGGACAGCCAACAGACUGAGCUGGACCACCUUCGGGAGAUGCGUCGAGUGGUCCUGUCCAAGUUUUCCGACAUGAUUCAGGAGAAGAAGAAGAAAAUCCUGAGGUCUCUGGUGGCGGAAACCCAGAAGCCCCACGAGGAAAUGCUUGUGCUAAAGAACUGGAGCAUCCAGCGCCUGAAGAUGUCCGUGGUCUCCUUCAGAGAGCUUAUUGAACAGUUGAAGAAAGACAUACCGGUAUUAAUAGCGGAGGUGGAGCAAAUAUAUGCAAAACUCUGGAACCCUCGAGAGGUCAUUUUUCAGGAUGUUCUGCUUCAGAGACCCAAGUGCACUCCAGACAUGGCAGUUGAGCUCAACAUUCCAGCUGAAGAGCUAUUCCUUUUCUAGACAGCAGCCUGACCACCCCUCUCCCCAUCUCUAUUCCCAACGUUCAGCUGGUGACUUACAAGAUGGUGUCUCCAUCAUGAAUCUGGUCCACGGUCCCUCCUCUACCCCUCUCCCUUGCUGCUUGGACCAGGCAGGAAUUCCCAGUCCAGCCUGUUUGUUCCUUGGUAUUAAUAAAUCUGGAUUUGUAGUUUGCUUGGCACUGGUGUAUGGGGCCCCACGCAGGCUUUGCCGGACAUGUCAUAGCAAUGGCUUUAGGCUCAGGGUUAGGCUGUCAUGCCAAUGGCACCUGGGAGUAGUGCUGGAGUGACACCUCCCCUCUUCUCCCUCCUGGUCCAGUGGGAGCUCAGCUUCCCUCACAGUUGACGCCAGUGCCAAGGUAGAAGAGAGACCCC